AAAGAAAGAGGGACACGGACGGUUGAGUUGCUACGACGCAUUUCUAUUUUGCAUAAUUAUGUACCUUCUUCGUUUGAGAGGAGGACGACGGCCAAUCGGGGGUGCGAACAACAACAACACGACGCUCUCUAAUCGCAAUUCUGCAUAUUGAUCACGACUGAGGAGAUGUGACACACAUAUCCGUGUCCAGCGAUCUGCAAGAAAAACAAAGCGGACGGGAUGAGCGACGGCCCAGUGCGGAGCGGUUUCCAGGACGCCGUCUGCCUCAAGCGUCGGACACCCUUACUCAAGAGCUUCUCACCUGCACUGAGCCGAGUCUGGUCGGCCGCCGAUUCUCCUCGGGACACCACAAAUGUUGAUAUUUUGCUCGCCCGUCGUGCGCCUACUAAUGGCUUCACUCGGCCGAGAUCUUGCUUCGCCGCGAGUGCCGCUUCAAGCUCCGUGCAAGUUUGCCGGUGGUGGGGGAAAUCCUGCUUUCCUCCUUGGCACGAAGGGGGCGUGGCCAAUCAGCGUACUGAAAUCGACCAUUGCAAUGAUUGCAAUCGAUCAAAAACAAAACCCACCAAAAAGUAUGCAACCCACCUGAUUUUGAAGGGUUCGCUCAGGGUUCGCUGACUUCUCCUUCCUCUUCUUCGCCCGCAGGCGAAUUUUUUCUCUCUUCUCGUGGCCGGGAGAAUUGCUAGGUUGGAACCUUGGCUGCCACGGUUUUGCAGACCUACCUGAGGAUGGCUCAGAGCGCGCCGUUGAUCUUGCGGAUCGUCGCGUCGUCCGUGAGCGCCGCCAACCAAGCGGGCAAAAUCAUCCGAGACGUCAUGAGCAAGGGCGAACUCGGAAUCGUCGACAAAGGCGUGAACGACCUGCAGACGGAGGCAGACCGCACUGCCCAGCGGUGCAUCGUGAGUUCGCUCAGCAAGCAGUUCCCCUCGAUUAAAAUCAUCGGGGAGGAGGACCAGGGCGGACAGGAGUGUCCCCUUCCGCCCGAGUGGCUCGUCACGGACAGCGACCCUGGCGUCCUCAACCUUCAGUGUCCCAAGGACUUGCAAAACGUCAAGGAGGAAGAAGUUGUUGUUUGGGUCGAUCCUUUGGACGGAACCUCCGAGUACACUCAGGGUUUGCUGGACCACGUGACCGUCUUGAUCGGAGUGGCCGUGGGUGAGAGGGCGGUGGGCGGGGUCAUCCACCAGCCGUACUUCGAGUACCAAAAGUUUGAGCGGCCCGACCUGGCCCCCGGCCGGACCAUUUGGGGGAUCCCUGGGGUGGGGACGGGCGGCUUUGAACCCAGAGUGGCCGAGGUGGGCAAGAGGAUUGUGACGACCACGCGUUCGCACUCGAACGCCCUCGUCCAGUCAGCCCUGGACGCCAUUCAGCCCACCGAGGUUCUCCGAGUCGGCGGGGCCGGACACAAAGUGAUGCUUCUUCUGGAGGGCAAGGCGCACGCAUAUGUCUUUGCCAGCGCCGGAUGCAAAAAGUGGGACACUUGCGCCCCUGAGGCGAUCCUGAGCGCGGCCGGCGGCACCCUGACGGACAUGCUGGGCCGACCCUACUUGUACCACGCCAGUGUGCAGCAUCUGAACGCGUCUGGCGUGCUGGCCGCUGCCACCAAAGAGGACCAUGCCUGGUAUGCCAGCAAAGUGCCAGACUCGGUGCGGCAAAAGUUGUCCGGCUGAGAUUAUUGUUAAUUUAAAAUUACUUGUUACAUUUCCAAUUUUUACCACCACAAAAUGUGGCUAUGAAACCACUUGCUCAGAGAGUUUUUAAAUUUGAUUCUUAAAAAAAAUAAACUAUAAUUCUAUAUAUGGUUGUUGAUUUGUUUAAAUAAACGAUUGUUUUUUUUCCAGAAGCAAAUUACUUUUUAAUUCAGUAAAAGUUUCCUUCUUCAUAUGCACUUAUAUAAGCAAACUUCAAUGUUAUGAAAUUCAAGAAAGAUAUUAUGUUUAUGUUGUGUUAUUUUAUGGGACAAAAUGUAAUAAAUUAUGAGACACGAUUAUGAAAAUAUUAUUCAAUCUAAUUUAUACAAUAAAUCAAUGAAAAGCCGUAACAUGUUUUAAUGAAGUAUGUGAAAUAUGUACAUGAAGCAGGAUUUAUCUGUUUUGUAUUAAGACAAUAUUUAAGCUUCUCGUGGCCUUUAUUUUCAACAUUCAAGAUUGCAUUGUUGAUUGAAGAAAUUUUUUGCAAUUGUCACGGUUUUUGUAGCUUUAAUAACCGGUUAUUUGAAAAGUCAAAACUUUAAACUCACAUGUUUUG